AUGUCCGUUAAAACUAAAACAAUUACUGUUUUACCAGGUGAUCAUGUUGGUACUGAAAUUGUAGCCGAAGCCAUUAAAUCAUUAAAAGCAAUUGAAUCCAAUACACCAUAUCAAAAAAUUCAAUUUGAAUUUAAAAAUCAUUUAAUUGGUGGUGCAGCAAUUGAUGCCACUGGAGUUCCACUUCCUGAUGAAGCAUUAGAAUGUGCUAAAUCAUCAGAUGCUGUUUUAUUAGGUGCAGUUGGUGGACCAAAAUGGGGUACUGGAUCAGUUAGACCAGAACAAGGAUUAUUAAAAAUUCGUAAAGAAUUGAAUCUUUAUGCUAAUAUUAGACCUUGUAAUUUUGCAAGUGAUUCAUUACUUGAAUUAUCUCCAUUAAGUUCUGAAGUUGUUAAAGGUACUAAUUUAAUUAUUGUUCGUGAAUUAGUUGGUGGUAUUUAUUUUGGUGAAAGAGAAGAACAAGAAGAAAGUAAAGAUGGUAAAACUGCUUGGGAUACUGAAAAAUAUACUGUUGAUGAAGUUACUAGAAUUACUCGUAUGGCUGCAUUUAUGGCAUUACAACAUAAUCCUCCAUUACCUAUUUGGUCAUUGGAUAAAGCUAAUGUUUUAGCUUCUUCAAGAUUAUGGAGAAGAACAGUUGAUAAAGUUAUUAGUGAAGAAUUUCCAACUUUAAAAGUUCAACAUCAAUUGAUUGAUUCAGCAGCAAUGAUUUUAAUUCAAAAUCCAACUAAAUUAAAUGGUAUUAUUAUUACUUCAAAUAUGUUUGGUGAUAUUAUUUCUGAUGAAGCUUCAGUUAUUCCUGGUUCUUUAGGUUUAUUACCUUCUGCUUCUUUAGCUUCUUUACCUGAUACAAAUACCGCUUUCGGUCUUUAUGAACCUUGUCAUGGUUCUGCUCCUGAUUUACCUAAGAAUAAAGUUAAUCCAAUCGCUACUAUUUUAUCUGCUGCUAGUAUGUUGAGAUUGAGUUUAGAUUGUGUUAAAGAAGCUGAAGCUUUAGAAAAAGCUGUUCAAGAAGUUUUAGAUAAAGGUAUUAGAACUGCUGAUUUAAGAGGUACUAGUACCACUACUGAAGUUGGUGAUGCUGUUGCCGAAGCUGUUGCUAGAAUCUUGAAAGAAUCUUCUGCUUAA